AUGACGGACUCGAAAACCCGGCCGAUGAGUGAGCAGUUCAAGGAGUUCGUCCAGGGGCUGCAGGAGAAAAUCGUGACGACAUUCGAGAGCCUCGAUCCGAACGCGCCUCCGUUCAAGCGCGACUCCUGGGUCCGACCCGGGGCCGGAGGAAUCGGCCAGUCCUGCGUGUUCUCGAUGCCGCAGCAAGAAGAUGGGCUCAUCGCGCACGAGUCUCUUCUAGAGAAGGCUGGGGUGAACAUCUCCAUCAUCCAGGGCAGCCUCCCGCCUGCCGCGAUCAAGCAAAUGCGCGCCGAUCAUACAUCCAUGCCUCUCCCAGAAAAUCCCGAAGGUGGUCUACCGUACUUCGUUGCGGGCAUCAGCCUUGUGAUCCAUCCCCGCAACCCGAAUGCACCGACGGUCCACGCCAACUACCGAUAUUUCGAGAUCUCCGAACCUGUCGAGGAGGGCAGCACCGAGGCUCCGAAGCUGGUCGCCUGGUGGUUUGGAGGAGGCUCAGAUUUGACCCCGUCUUACUUGUUCGAGGAAGACGCGAAACACUUCCAUACAACCAUCAAAGCGGCCUGCGACGCGCACGGAGCUGGAUUGUACCCCGGAUUCAAGAAAUGGUGCGAUGAGUACUUCUACAUCCCACACCGGAAAGAGGCGCGUGGGAUCGGUGGCAUAUUCUUUGAUGAUCUCAACGAAGGAUCCCACCUGCGUCUGGACAACUCGGAGGGCCGACCGCGAACUCAGGCGGAUAUCUUCGCGUUGGCCAAGGCGUUGGGCGACUCGUUCCUCCCAUCCUAUGUUCCCAUCUUGACGCGCCGAAGCGCCAUGACAUUUACGCCUCUGCAACGUCGGUGGCAGCUUGUUCGCCGGGGACGCUAUGUAGAGUUCAAUCUUAUCGUGGACCGAGGCACCAAGUUUGGUCUGAUGUCGCCGGCUGCGAGGAUCGAAAGCAUCUUCAUCAGUCUCCCGGAAAUUGCCCGAUGGGAAUACAUGACCGAUCUGGGUGGCGAAGGAACAGAGGAAGGAAAACUCGUGGAGGUCUUAGUCACACCUCGCGAAUGGGCGUAG